AUGCCAGUCGCUCGCCAAUCCUCCCAAGAGCGAGAACUGGAGACGUCUCGGCAAAGGUCUCCACCCCAAGACGGACGGGGUCUCAGUCGAGCCUUUCUCUUUUUGCCCACUUCAAGUAGGGCCCUUGGCCGUGGAUGUCAAAAUAAGUUCUUCUUCCUCCUCCUCCUCCUCCUCCUCCUCCUCCUCCUCCUCCUCCUCUCCUCUUUUGGCCAGUGCUCGCUUGCGGAGCCCCCUUUUCCCAUCCGUUGGGAAGUUGGCAAUGCCCAUCGCGACUUCUUGGGCGAGCUCGCCGUGCCGCGUGCGCUAUCGUGA